AUGGGAGAUGCACCUGCUGUUCCUGCUCAAUUGGAUUUCGGUAGUCCACUCUACUUGCAUCCUUCUGAGAAUGCAAGUUCAACAUUAUUACUAGUUGUUUUUGACGGAACUGGGUACAGAUCUUGGAGACGAGCUGUUCUCAGGGCUCUAUCUGUUAAAAGUAAGACUGGUUUCAUCACUGGCAAAGUUGUUAAGCCGGCUUCUACAGAUCCUUCUUUCAUGCAAUGGGAGAGGUGUGAUGAUAUGGUGACUUCAUGGAUCCUUAACAAUGCCAAGGAACUCUGGGAUGAACUGGAAGAUAGAUAUGACCAGACUAAUGGUUGUAAACUCUAUCAGUUGCAAAAGGAGAUCAAUGAUCUUGUACAAGGGACUUUGGAUGUCACUGGUUAUUACACGAAGAUGAAGAAAUUAUGGGAGGAAAUGAGCACUCUUGAUGUUCACUCUCAAUGUAGUUGUGUGUGUGUUUGUGGUGGUAAAGCCAAAAUGCACCAAGCUGAACAGGAUAGGAGACUGGUGCAUUUUUUGAUGGGCUUGAAUGAAAUGUACACUGUUGUGAGAGGAAGCAUCCUCAUGAUGUCUACAUUGCCUAGCAUGGCACAAGCUUUUGCCAUAUUAUCACAAGAGGAAAGACAAAGGGAAGUCAGGCCUCACAAUCACACUAUUUUGGAAUCCACUUCAUUGAAUGCCUCUGUUUCAUCUAAUGUUGCUGCAGGAUCCAAAGGCAACUCCAGAACUAGUAACAAAUCAAAUUUAUUUUGUGACUUUUGCAAACGUACUGGACAUAUCAAGGAUAGGUGUUAUAAGCUUCAUGGUUACCCAUCCAAUUCUAGACCUUUCAAAGGAAGAAGCUCAGGGUCUGCAGCAAAUGUGUACAGUUCUGAGGAAGACAUGAACCGAAAUGAGGUACUUGAUGAGUCAAUGAAGCAAAUGCCAGUGAAUCUGUCCAAAGGCCAAUAUGAGCAGCUACUCAAUCUCCUAGGAUCUCUGCAGGCUGGAAAUGGGACUGAUGGCUCAGGAGAUAUGCUUAGUGGAGCAGUGAACCUAGCAGGGCCCUUCUCUGAAGAGCCCUCUGGCACUUGGUAG